AUGGCAAGAGAUAUCACAUUUUUGACCGUAUUUUUAGAAAGUUGUGGCGCUGUAAAUAAUGAUGAGGCAGGAAAAUUGUUAUCUGCUUGGACUUCAACCGUACGCAUUGAGGGACCGGAAUCAACCGACUCUAAUUCAUUAUAUAUUCCACUGCUACCACCUGGAAUGUUGAAAAUUAAACUGAAUUUUAAAAUGAACGAUCGAUUAGUUACGGAAGAGCAAGAGUUGUUUACAAAAUUGCGCGAGAUUGUAGGUUCAAGUAUUCGCUUUUGGGAGGAACAACUGUUUUAUCAAGUUCAAGAUGUAAGCACCAUAGAAAACCACGUCAUUCUCAGUUUAAAAUGUACAAUUUUAACGGAUGCUCAGAUAAGUACGUUCAUAAGCAAACCCAGAGAGCUUCAUACGCAUGCCAAAGGAUAUCCUGAAAUCUAUUACCUUUCCGAGUUAUCAACAACUGUCAAUUUUUUUUCUAAAGAGGGAAACUAUGUCGAAAUAAGCCAGGUUAUUCCUCAUUUUAAUGAAUAUUUUUCCUCUUUAAUAGUGUCUCAAUUGGAAUUUGAAUACCCGAUGGUCUUCUCCAUGAUUUCAAGGCUCCGAUUGAAGUGGCAACAAAGUUCGCUCGCUCCGAUAUCCUACGCCCUAACGAGCAAUUCAGUACUUCUUCCAAUAAUGCUUAACAUGAUUGCCCAAGACAAAUCUUCAACAACCGCGUAUCAAAUUCUGUGUCGAAGAAGAGGUCCUCCAAUUCAGAAUUUUCAAAUUUUUUCCUUACCGGCUGUAACGUACAAUAAGUAG